ACAUUUGUAUCGCUCGCUGCGGUUCUUGUUCGUAUUAAUUUGCAGAACGCGCAAAACAAACGGCUAAACAAUUAAACACAAACAGCAAAAGUCGAAUACGAAGAAAAAUAAGAAAAGUAAACCAACUAGACGUAAUUCAUCAAUGCAUGUAAUCCGUUAAAUGACAAGUGAUUGUUUGUUGUGCGUCAAUCAGCGACCGAAUCGCCAGAGUCACGUAGCAUAAAAAAGCAGAAGCAGGCCAGAAAAACGAAAAGCAAAAGAAAAAAAGGUUACAUGUGGGUAAAAAGCAGCGAAUACGAUAUGAAAGAGAUGAGCAUAAGCAUGAAGAAGAAGCAGACGACGACGCGCGACAGCGAAUAAAAAAAUAAAGCACACACACACUCACUAAAAAAGCGCGACACAAAUAACAAAUAUAAAAAGUGCAAAGUAAAAAAAAGCCGGAGCGCAACACAAAUGAAUGGGAAACAAGAUUCGUACGUUGCCAAAGUACUACAUAUAUAUGAACAUAUGUAUUCAUCUGCACACAUGCAUAUACAUAUACGCAUACACUUACAACAGCAUAACGAAACUUCAAUUUGUUUAAAACCGAUAACUUAGCCGAACUACAGCAGAGCGAAAGAGAAGAGUCGAGAAGAGAUACAAGAAGAAGAAGCGCAGCAUUUUAUUAUUGUGCGCAUAAUUCCAUUUAUAACUGCCACACAAACUGGAACCAGCAGCAAAGCAGGCAAAUUAAUUAAGAUUAUAAAAUAUAACCAGCUAUUUGUGUAAGACUAGUUAGUAUUUAAACGUAAGGAAAAAACAAAAAUGUGGAAUUCCGAACCAACACAACGCCAGCAAUAUAAUAAUGGCAAUAACAAUGGCAACCAGCCAGCCAAACAGCUGGGCAUGACGUCGGCCAUCAGUUUGGCGGAGCCCCGUGCCGAGGAUCUGCAACGCACCGGGGAGCUGGGCAAAUCCCUGGAGCCGUACAAUGUGUUCGAGAGUCAAGAUGAGUUGAAUCAUCGCAUGGAGAUAUUGGCCAAGCUGAAUACGCUGGUCAAACAAUGGAUCAAAGAGAUAUCCGUUAGCAAGAAUAUGCCCGAGGCGGCUGCCGAUCGCCUCGGUGGAAAAAUCUACACAUUUGGGUCGUAUCGACUGGGUGUGCAUCACAAGGGUGCCGAUAUCGAUGCAUUGUGUGUGGCGCCACGCAACAUCGAGCGCACCGACUACUUUCAGAGCUUCUUCGAGGUGCUCAAGAAGCAGCCAGAGGUCACCGAGUGUCGCUCGGUGGAGGAGGCAUUUGUGCCGGUGAUCAAAAUGAAUUUCGAUGGCAUCGAAAUUGAUUUGCUGUUUGCCCGCCUCUCCCUCAAGGAGAUACCCGAUGAUUUUGAUUUGCGCGACGAUAAUCUGCUCAAGAAUCUGGAUCCACGAUCCGUGCGCAGCUUGAACGGUUGUCGUGUCACCGACGAGAUACUUGCCCUCGUUCCCAACAUUGAGAACUUUCGCCUCGCCUUACGCGCCAUCAAAUUGUGGGCCAAAAAGCAUGGCAUCUAUUCGAAUUCGCUGGGCUAUUUUGGAGGCGUCACUUGGGCCAUGCUUGUGGCACGCACCUGUCAACUGUAUCCGAAUGCGGCCGCUGCAACGCUGGUGCACAAAUUCUUUUUGGUCUUCUCGCGCUGGAAGUGGCCCAAUCCGGUGCUGCUCAAGCAUCCGGACAAUGUGAAUCUACGUUUUCAGGUUUGGGAUCCGCGUGUUAAUGCCUCGGAUCGUUAUCAUUUGAUGCCGAUUAUAACGCCCGCAUAUCCACAACAGAACUCGACAUUUAAUGUGUCCGAGUCCACUAAGAAGGUCAUAUUGACCGAAUUCAAUCGCGGCAUGAGCAUCACAGAUGAAAUAAUGCUCGGACGCGUCAACUGGGAUCGUCUGUUCGAGGCGCCCAGUUUCUUUUAUAGAUAUCGUCAUUUUAUUGUGCUGCUCGUCAACUCACAAACGGCAGACGAUCAUUUGGAAUGGUGCGGUCUCGUCGAGUCCAAGGUGCGACUGCUUAUCGGGAAUCUGGAGCGUAAUCCGCAUAUUGCACUCGCCCAUGUCAAUCCGAAGUGCUUUGAGCUGAAGAAAGGCGCUGUUACCGCCAACAAUUCGCAAAAUAACAGCGGCAACGAAGAUGAUCUGAAACAGCAGCAGCAACAACAGCAGCAGCAAAAAGAUGAAAAGCCUGCCACAUCGACGGUGGCAGCGCCGUUCUGUUCGCUUUGGUUUAUUGGACUCGAGUUUGAGCGUUCCGAGAACCUCAACAUUGAUCUAACCGAGAGCAUACAAAACUUUACAGAGCAUGUGAUUAUGCAUGGCGUAAACAUUAAGAUGCUUAAGGAGGGCAUGGCCAUUGAUGCGCGUCAUGUAAAGCGCAAACAGUUGUCUGUCUAUUUGGAUGCUGAUUUUCUGAAGCGCGAACGCAAAUCGAUGGAGAGUCAUAAUAAUUUCAAUACCACAAUGCUGGCAAAUCGCAAGCGUCUCUCCACGGAGCUGGCACAGUCGCAGGAUCCGCUGCCGCCGGGCCAGCAACAGUCAGCAGCCAGCAGCAAUCGUGGACGCGAAAGUGGCGCCAAAGUGCAUCGGCUAAGUGAAUCGCUCAACGAGGACAACUCGAAUGCGUCUAGCGAUAUGGGUGGUGUGAUGCCGACCACGCCCACUGCGUCGCAAAUGAAUGCGCCCAGUUUCAAGGCGAAGGCGGGAGGCAAUAAUGGCACAACAGAGAGCAGCAGCAGCUGCUUGGACAACAACAGCGAGCCAACUAAUGGCAGCAGCAGCAGCAACAACAACAACAGCAACAGCAGCAAUAAUAGCACAACAACAACUGAGGUGGCCUGUUCGUGACAACCGCCAAAGCCACCAGGACAACAGCAGCAGCAGCAACAACAACAACACCAACAACAGCAACAACAACAGUUAUCACAACAGCAACAUCAGCCACCACCGGCACCGCCGCCGCCGCCACCAACGCCACAUCAUCAUCAGCAUAAAUUUCGCAAGAACAACAAUGCUGCUGCGGCGGCUGCCUAUAAUAGCAUUUUCAAUCAGCGCUCGAUACUGCAUGCGGCUUCAAGUCUAACGGCCGCUCUAAGCAUAACCGGACACAAGCGCAAGCAGCAACCAAAAACAGCAGCAGCAUCAGCAGCAGCAACCACACUUGCUGCCUACAACAGCAAUAAAAACGGUGGCGGUGGCUGUUAUGGUGGCAACAACAAUACACAUUUUAGCUACUACAUUGUUGAUGAAGAUGACAACAACAAACAGCAGCAGCAGCAGCAACAACAACCACCUAACCAAAAGCAACCACAUAAACAACAACAGCAACAUCAACAACAACAACAUUUAACACAUGUUGCUGCUAGGGCAAUGCCGGCAACAGUUACAACAACAGCAACAACAGCGGCUAAAACAGUCGCCAAAGCGGCAACGACAAUUUCUUUGUAAAAAGCUAUAACACGUAGCAUUAAGGCUUAGUUUUCAUAGUUAACGUACCCCAUUGAUUUCCUCGGCAUUGAUGCCACCAAAUUAAUGGAAGCCCAUAUAUUUUAAACAAAACGGUUUCCAUUUAAAAACUGCAGAGUUUUGUUUUUAAGUUUAAUCCUUAAGCGCAAAGGCGUCGAAACAUACUUACAUACCAUAGAUAACCGACAACAACAACAACAGCAACAAACAACAUACAACAUGACUACGAAAACAACAACAACAAAAACAAGAAGAAGAACGGCCAGAAGAAAGCAUUUCGCUAACAUUUGUCUUAAUGUUUUCCUACCCAAUAAUAUUGUUGUACAUCUUUUUUACUUCCCACAGCUGGUAAUGGCGGAGCGCGCCUGUCGGAGAAUGAGAGAGAGAGAAUAAAUAAGUGAGAGAGAGAGGGAGAGAGAGUGGCAAAGAGAUCUUGAAGACACACUGCAUCAUCAACAACAACAGGAAAAUAUAUGAAUCAAAGAAACAAACCAACAACUGCAACAAGAUCGAUUUAGAAUCAAAAUAUUAUUCAAAACUAUUUCUUUAUUUGAUUUAAUGGAUUUCAUCUUGUUUUUUUAUACUUUCAAUCUUUGUUUUCUUCUUCUUCUAGUUGUACGCUGAAAAUUUGUUCGUUUUUCUAAGAAAAGAUAACUGAAAAAAGGUAAUAACAAAAAAAAUAUAUAAUUGAAUGAAGAUAUUGAUUUAAUUUUACCAAAUAAAAAAAAAACAAAAAAACAAAAUACAAAUACAAAGCGAAAGCUAAAAAAAACCAAAAACAAA